AUGGGUCAGGAACGUUUGGAUAAUGCAAAUCCGGUGCUUUUCGACUCGAAACCACGUCAUCGACCGGUAACUGGCACCGAACGCGACGAAAGCGUUGAAGAUCCAAUUGAUUCAUGGGAGAUUUUUGAUCUUAUCCGUGAUAUUAACGACCCGGAGCAUCCAUAUACCCUGGAACAGUUGAAUGUGGUUCAGGAGGAGCUGAUCAAAGUUUUUAUCGAUGAAGAGGAGACUUUUGUUAAGGUAAACUUCACACCAACUAUCCCCCACUGCAGUAUGGCGACACUCAUUGGUUUGGCGAUUCGAGUGAAACUAUUGCGGAGUUUACACCCGAAAAUCAAAGUUAGCGUAUCGAUUACGCCCGGAUCACACUCCACAGAGGAAUCUAUCAACAGACAGUUGGCUGAUAAGGAACGUGUCGCGGCGGCAAUGGAGAAUCAAGGCUUGAUGCAUGCUGUAAACGAGUGCUUGAGAAUUCCAGAAUAA